AUGGCAGGGACCUCUCAUACACAGCUGUGUCUGGCGCCUUGCCCCACACUCUCUCCACCCUCACCAACCUCUCUUAUCUUGACAUCACGGCCACUCAAGUAUCUGGACCCAUUCCCUCAGCCUUCUCCCGCCUCACCAACCUCCAGCACCUGUGAGUGCCACGCAAUUCUUGCAUGCUGCACCAUGUCUUUGCUCCCUUGCCCCUGCUUCCUUGCCUCUGCUCCCUUGCCCCUGCUUCCUUGCCUCUGCUCCCUUGCCCCUGCUUCCUUGCCUCUGCUCCCUUGCCCCUGCUUCCUUGCCUCUGCUCCCUUGCCCCUGCUUCCUUGCCUCUGCUCCCUUGCCCCUGCUUCCUUGCCUCUGCUCCCUUGCCCCUGCUUCCUUGCCUCUGCUCCCUUGCCCCUGCUUCCUUGCCUCUGCUCCCUUGCCCCUGCUUCCUUGCCUCUGCUCCCUUGCCCCUGCUUCCUUGCCUCUGCUCCCUUGCCCCUGCUUCCUUGCCUCUGCUCCCUUGCCCCUGCUUCCUUGCCUCUGCUCCCUUGCCCCUGCUUCCUUGCCUCUGCUCCCUUGCCCCUGCUUCCUUGCCUCUGCUCCCUUGCCCCUGCUUCCUUGCCUCUGCUCCCUUGCCCCUGCUUCCUUGCCUCUGCUCCCUUGCCCCUGCUUCCUUGCCUCUGCUCCCUUGCCCCUGCUUCCUUGCCUCUGCUCCCUUGCCCCUGCUUCCUUGCCUCUGCUCCCUUGCCCCUGCUUCCUUGCCUCUGCUCCCUUGCCCUGCUUCCUUGCCUCUGCUCCCUUGCCCCUGCUUCCUUGCCUCUGCUCCCUUGCCCCUGCUUCCUUGCCUCUGCUCCCUUGCCCCUGCUUCCUUGCCUCUGCUCCCUUGCCCCUGCUUCCUUGCCUCUGCUCCCUUGCCCCUGCUUCCUUGCCUCUGCUCCCUUGCCCCUGCUUCCUUGCCUCUGCUCCCUUGCCCCUGCUUCCUUGCCUCUGCUCCCUUGCCCCUGCUUCCUUGCCUCUGCUCCCUUGCCCCUGCUUCCUUGCCUCUGCUCCCUUGCCCCUGCUUCCUUGCCUCUGCUCCCUUGCCCCUGCUUCCUUGCCUCUGCUUCCUUGCCCCUGCUUCCCUACAUCCCAAACAUUCACCUGCAGGGCGGCCAGGUGGGAGGCUCCAUCAGACUGCUCACCUUUGUGUCCCUCCUCACCCCCUCUUCUUGUUUACCCACUGCACCACACCAUACUACACGUGACACUGCACCCACCAUCACCACCCAAUCCCCCAGCAACAUACAUCUGCAGGGCGCCCAGGUGGGAGGCUCCAUCAGCACGCUCACCUUCGUGUCUCUCCUCACCCGCCUGCACACGCUGGAGCUCUUUGGAUUCGACGCCAUGUCAGACGGCCACAUGACUGCCCUUAGUGGUCUCUCCACCCUCACUCGCCUCCAGAAGCUGUGA